AGGAUUUAAUCGGUCCCACGAGAAAGCCAAGGAUGGCUGCUCUUGCUGCUCUCGAGGCUUCUCUCUCAUUCAGUCGAAUCAAUAAAAUGCACAAGUGUUUUCCAUCGACUCAUCGUUACCGUUUGUCUUAGCGUAACAGUAAAAAUUGUAUUACGUACAUUGGUAUUGCUAGCUAACGUUCAUCGCUAAUGCUGUUCGCGUUAUUAUCGAAAGACCUGUAUCGCGCGGUGCGACGUUUGACCAUCGCGGUGCCACUUCCGGGAAGAAAGCGGAGCGGCAAGGAACGGCGUCAGUGGCGUCACGCGAGGAACGUAACGUAGCGGCACAAGACGGGGACGCGAGUGAAGGAGCGCGGGGACGAAAUUGUCCGAAAAUGACGACGGUGGCGAUCUCCCCAGCUAUGGCACACGGUAACAGCGGAAUAAUACAGGUGGUGAACGAAAGUAAUCUGAGCAAAAUCGAGAGCUUCCUCAACGACACGGCUUACAGAGAAGCCAUUGAGAAUUCCUCCAAUUACAAUAGCCGACUAUGCAGGGAACGACGCCUCCGCAUGCCCUUCCUCGACUCGCAAACAGGUGUCGCACAAAAUCACUCCGCACUUUUUAUGUCCUCGAGAGAAAGGUUACCAGGUUUAUUACAUGGUCAGAUUUAUACCUAUCCAAGUAAACGAUGGCGAAAGAAACGCCGACAAUAUUUAAUGCAUUAUUUACAUCCAAAACGAGGACCAAGAGGAGAUACAGAGGAUGGAACAGAAGGUGUGGAAACUAUUACCCAUGUAAAUGAUGACAGCAAAGAUUCGGUGGCACUUAAAGACGAACACAGUAAAGACGCUUGGUAUUAUGAUGAGCAAGAUAUGUUAGACAUGGACGCUUAUGAAGAACCUGAUCCAGAUAGUGACUAUGAUUACGAAGAGAGUUAUAGCAGUAAACGGAAACGCAGAAAAACGCGUGGAGGUGGUCAUCAUCCUGCUCGUAGUCAUCCACCUUCUGCAGAUACGCCUGGCGGCAAACGUACGAAAGGUGGUGGCCGUGGACGUAAAAAGACGAACUACGACUCUGUUGACACUGAUAAACCAUUCGUUUGUGACCUAUGCAGCGCACGGUAUAAGACCAGACCCGGUCUGGUCUACCAUUACGGUCAUUCCCACUCUACUUCCUCCGGUGAUCCUGCUAAGGAACUAAGUCCCAGUCCUGCCGAAGUUGAACCUAGGAGCGUUGCAGACACCGCUGCUUCGAACCAGCCAGGUGGUACACGUCGGGGUCGUCAGAACGCUACCUCCUCGAAUACCUCAAGUCCUUCCCCGGCGACGCCUACCGCCGCACCCGCUGCGGGAACGGCGUCGCAGCCGCAGCAGUCGCAGCAGCAACAGCAGCUGCAAACGGCCGUGCAGACGCCCAUCGCCCCGGUGUCACCUACCGUGCCGGCGAUCAAAGAAGAUCACCUGCCGACGGCUUCCUCGCCUGGCGGCACCGCCGUCUCCUCGCUGUCGUCCGCGGAAAGCGCGGGUACCACGGGCGGGCCGCCCACCCCCGGAGGACCAAACUCGGAGAAGAAGGCCGGCGGCAAGUCGUCCGCGGCGCAGCCGUCCCCGUACUGCGACUUCUGCCUGGGUGACGCGACGCAGAACAAGAAGACCGGCGGUUCCGAGGAGCUGGUGUCGUGCAGCGACUGCGGCCGCUCAGCUGUUAAUAUCGUGAAAGACAUUAAGUAAUUCGUUAAUUUUACGAGCACAAGCAAGCAAGCAAGCGAGCGAGCAAGCAAACAAGCGAGCAAGCAAGCAAGCAAGCGAGCAAGCAAGCAAGCGUACGUACCCUUCCUUACGCAAAGAGGAUCUCGCUGUUCUCCAUUCGUAUAUUCCAAACGUACCUACAAUUGUUAAACGCGCAAUCGAGAUGUUUAGAAUUAUCUGUUACAUUUGUAUUCAUCUUUCUUUUUUUUUAAUCCCUUUCGUUAAUGCGUUAAUCACGAACGAACGGUAUUUGUACGCGCAGCCGUUGUAGAAGUAUCCGUUAUCCGGCUUUUGCAGAUCAUGUUCUUCAACAUGCCUUGGGUUUACCGAGAUAACGGGGAUAACUUUUUGAGUUGUAUGGGGUUACAGUUGUCGCGUGACGCGUUUUGUCACUGCCGCCAAGGGUAGUAGAAAAACACACGCAACUGUUGCAACUGGGUGCAAUAAUUAAGAAAGGAAAGCAUUCAAUUAUCUGCACAGUGUAGAUCAAACGGUUACGAGCUUUACAUACACUAGUCAAGGCGAGGAAUACAAAACAUCGUUUUGUCAAUGGUGCAACUUGUCGCAUCUGAGUAAUAGGAAUUUUCAGGAAUUCCUUUACUACGCGAAUUUGCUGUGAUUUAUAGUAUCUCAAUGAUUAGUUUCUAAGAUAUCGGAAUCGGUAACGCGUAAUUAUUACGGGGGGAAAAAAAAGACACGAAACUAAAAGAACGUCAUCGUUGAGAGAAGUCAAAUUUUCGUCGUGUGUGUGUAUGCGUGUAUUGGACAUUGGUAGCAAAUAUUGACGGAUAUCGUUUUGCUUUUGCGCGGAAUUAUAAUGCAAAUUUAUUGAAAUUCCUGUUGCACAGUACCACCAGAGCACAUAUUGAGGAGGAUGUGUUUGUCUUCUGUUUGACAGUGUAUCCCGAUAUUUUCGUUAUUGUGUUAGAAAUCAAAAGGGGAGGAGGCGAGAAUGCACGGCGUGAGAAACGCACCGGCAGGUUUAGAAAAAUUUUAGAUGCAAUAUAAAUAUAUAUAUAUAUACAUAUAUAUAUAUACUUUCUAUAUCCAGCACAAUCAUGAGAAUCGUUUUAAUGAAAACAACGUAUUUAUUGUAAGAUAACGAGAGAUGUUGACCGCGUCACAUUUAAAUAUUUCUACGUUUUCCGAACGCUUGUACAUAUUUUGGUGGCUUUGCGUUUGUUGGAUAUUACGAGGUUUUAGAUGAUGCGAACUAGGAGCGCAGCGCAGAAAGAGAGAUAAACGAAAGAGGAGAGAGUGCAAUUCUGGGGAUCUCCCGUACCUUCCGCGACUUUGAAAGAGUUUCGAAUAAGAGAUUUGAGUAAUGCGACCGUGGGAAUGAUGUUUCAUCUAUUACGAUAAUUUUUAAUUGGUACUUGUUUAACGACUCGUUUAUGUGUUCAUUAUAUUUUUAUAAUCGAAAAUUAUAAUUCCCGAUUCGCUCUUGAGAGUGGAUCGGGGAUUCGUAGAAAUGAGAGAGGGACGCUCGCGCUAUGACGCGAGAUACGUUUUACAUAGCCUUGUAAAGUGUAUCGUGUAAAAAAUCUUUCGUUAAACGGAAAAGCUGUAUACUUGGAGUAACAAUUUGUCUCUCAGACACACAUCUUCGUUAUCUCUUAGACAAGUUAUUACUCAAAAGGCCUCACUUUACAUUCUCGCAUUAGCGGAGUUACGAUUAUUGACGUUUUUUUUUUUUCCCCAUUGUGGAGCGCUACAUGUGAGAUGAUAUUUUAUAUUUACGUGAAUUUUAAUUAACAUGUGUGUAACACAGAGUGCUCGCAGUGAUGUAUCAGAUUUCGUUGUAAAGAUUGAGAAAAGGAAAAAAACGCGAUCGUGCGCGUUCUUGUUUAAUCAGAACUGCUCGUUGAUUUUCUUUCUAAUAUGUCUCACAUUCCAUUGUAUCUGCCGCUCUUAAUUACCUUUAGUUGUGGGCAUUAGCUUCUCCGACCUAAUAUAGUAUAACCGCCCCUUGCUAUAUUACUGUUAUUUGUAAUGACGCAAUAUAUUUAUUACAUAUUUAACAAGCAAGAUGAAGAUAUGGGAUAAAGCUACACUUACAGAAUCGUAAAAGAAGUUCUUUUUACAACUGAGUGUCUUCUUUUGUUUCUUUAAUUAGGUAUCUUUCUAACGAGAGGUGUCACACAUAAACGUUGUGAUUAAUAUUUUUUUGUAGAAAUCUGACAUAGCUUAGUUUUAUACAGGCUUUGAUACUCGUACAAAUAUCAUUUUAUUAGGGAUAACAAGAAGACCGUGUAUGAAAUUAAUGUAAUACCUUAUGAGUUUUUCAGGCAUAUAGAGAAACUGGGCGUGUUGAAACUACCUUCGACUAGACUCGAAUUAUUUUGUAUAUUUUUUGCCGAUUGUAUACAUAUAUAUAUAUACAUGUAGGUAUAUCGCAGUUUUAAAUGUCGCUUGUACUCUUCUACACUUAUACGCUACACAAGUCGUGCAACUUUUUUACUUCCGACCACACGCGUGGACGUGUGUGCGUGUACGUUGUUUUUUUUUAUAUAUAUAUUAUAUAUAUUCGACUUCUGAAAGAUUUGGAAAUAAUUUACAGUCGUCUUCUUUAAUCGUAGAGCUUCAUGUUACAGAGUACUUUCUAAUAUGCAUAUAUUAUGUAACUCAAGUAUAGAAGGCUAUCAACAAAGAUGUGUUACAGCUUCUUUACAUAUAACAUACGAUACAACAUAGGAUAUUCUAUUAUUUAACAUGAUAUAGCUAAUAUGGCAGACUAUAGAGGGUACUACAUUUUAAUUUUUUGUAUAAAUUGAUAUUAUAUUAUCCUUAGAUUCUCGUAAGAAAAACUCACAUGGUAUAAAAACAAUGGAAGCAUGCAGAUAUAUAGUUCCUCCUUGUUAUAUAUAAAAUUGAAGAUUUGUUAUUAGGCAGUUUUAAUUAAGCAAUACCCAAUGAGGCUUAUAAAUAAUAGUAUUUAAGUCACACUAGUUAUAUAUAAAUAUAUAUAUAUGGCUUCAUAUAUAUAUAAUAUAUAUAAAUAAUGUGAUACGUUAUAUGAGUUGCGUGUUGUAUGCAUGACAAUGAAAGAGAGAAUUUACGAGAGAGCGCGAAAGAAUGAGAGAGGAGAGAGAGAGAGAGAAAGAAAGAGAGGAAAGGAGCGAGGGAGAGUGUGCAUCUGCGACGUUUAUAUUGUGCUGCGCAAGAAAGAACGUGAACUAUUCCAAGGUACGCCCUGCUAUUACUUACCACCUAUUAUUCCAAAUAAUAACAGUAUGUUCAAAAUGCAACAUCAAAAAAAAAAAAGGAAAUUACAGAUAUCAUGAAAUAAAAUAUUCUGUGCGGAAAAACA